UAUGGUCAUGUCCUGGCUAGUCAACUCUAUGACCCCUGACAUUGGUGAAAAUUUUCUGUCAUUUGAUACUGCCAAAGAAAUCUGGGACAUUGCAAAAGAAACUUUCUCAGACAAGGAAAACACAUCUGAAAUCAUCCAGAUUGAAGGCAUCCUCCACGAUUUGCGUCAAGGAAACCUUACGGUAACUGAAUAUUUCAAUACUCUUACUCGUCUAUGGCGUCAACUUGAUACGUUUGAGGUUCAUAACUGGAAUUGUGUUACAGAUGGUUUGUUGUAUAAAAAGAUUGUCGAAGGGAAACGUGUGUUUAAAUUUUUGUUAGGUUUGAACAAAAAUCUUGAUGAAAUCAGAGGAAGAAUCAUGGGAGUAAAACCUCUACCUAGCCUCAGAGAGGCAUUCUCUGAAGUGCGUCGUGAAGAAAGUCGGAAAAAUCUCAUGAUGGGAUCCCAUCAACAACUGAAUAUGGCAGAAAGCUCGGCUCUUAAGACUCAAUUCGCUCCUUUUGACAACCGUCAAAAAAUUAAAGGAGGUAGACCUUGGUGUGAUCAUUGCAGAAAGCCGGGACACUCAAGAGAAACUUGCUGGAAGAUUCAUGGAAAGCCAGUAGAUUGGAAGCCACGUCAACCACUUGAGAAAGAAGGACGAGGCAAUCAUGUGGCUACCGAUGAACAAUCGCCACAACCUGAAGCUAGCCCUUUUAAUAAGGAGCAAAUGGAGAUGCUUCAGAAACUACUGUCUCCUCUUUUGUCAGUACAGUCACAAACUGGCUCAUCUUCCAACCAGCUCAUUGGUUCCGGAACCUUGGCUCACAAAGGAUUUGGAUUCGGGGAAGACGAUUGGCAAUGCUGAGGAAUGCUCUGGACUCUACAUCCUUAAGGAGCUCCAUGAUCCACAAGAACAACCUCAAAUGGCAGUUGGUAGUAAUUCUUUUUCGGUUUCAUGUCAAAAUAACGAUAGUGCAAUUAUGUUGUGGCACUAUCGCUUAGGUCAUCCAAAUGUUAUGUAUC